CUUACUAGGACCUGAAUGGAGAGAGUACAGCUGCCAGGACCUGGAUGGAGGAGCGCGCAGCUGCCAGGACCUGGACGUCAGAGCGCACGGCAGCCCGAACCCCGCCCCGCGCGCGCGCGUGCUCGGCGUUGGCGCAGUCCGGUUCUGAGUCGUCGGCUGAGGCUUCUCGGCCUCGCUCUCCGGCCGAUUCCCGGCUCUUCUGCGCCCUCUCCGCCGGCGCCGCCACCCGCAGCCCUGGCGCUCCCCGCGGGCCCCGCUGAGGCCGUCUGCGCCUUGUGCCAGCGCGCGCCCCGCGAGCCGGUGCGCGCCGACUGCGGCCACCGUUUCUGCCGGGCGUGCGUGGUGCGCUUCUGGGCCGAGGAGGACGGGCCCUUCCCGUGCCCCGAGUGUGCCGACGACUGCUGGCAGCGCGCCGUAGAGCCCGGCCGCCCUCCACUCAGUCGCCGCCUUCUGGCACUCGAGGAGGCGGCCGCGGCGCCGGCCCGCGACGGCCCUGCCAGCGAGGCCGCGCUACAGCUGCUGUGCCGGGCCGACGGAGAUCCGCUAUGCUCGGCCUGCCGCAUGGCCGCGGGCCCGGAGCCGCCCGAAUGGGAGCCGCGCUGGAGGAAGGCGCUACGCGGCAAGGAGAACAAGGGGUCCGUGGAAAUCAUGAGGAAGGACUUAAAUGAUGCCCGGGACCUGCACGGUCAGGCAGAAUCAGCGGCUGCUGUGUGGAAGGGGCAUGUCAUGGACCGAAGAAAGAAGGCCCUGACUGACUACAAGAAGCUUCGGGCCUUCUUCGUGGAAGAGGAGGAACACUUUCUGCAGGAGGCUGAGAAGGAUGAGGGUGCUUCUGAGGAUGAUGAGCAGGCCGAUCCUGCAGAACGCUUCCGGUCCCUACUGCAGGCUGUGUCGGAGCUGGAGAAGAAGCACCGGAACCUGGGCCUUAGCAUGCUUCUGCAGUGAUGAUGCUUAGCGGCAGGCUGGCCCCCUGGAGCAUGAGGCAGAAGGAACCACCUUCCACAGCUGGCCUGUAGCACCCCUACCUACAUCUCUCAGACCUCUGCCUGGCACCACCCUUCAUCCUGGACAGGUUCCCAUCUCCGUCAACUCUGACAGCACGUUGGCCCGGGAUGAAGCGUCAGCAGUGCCUCGCUUCUGGUCAUCCACGUAGCUCCAUUUCUCAGCUGUGUUUUUAGUUUUCUUUGGGGUAUGAAUGUGCUCAGGCUUGUACCUGUUGCUAGUAGAGACCAGUCCUGGAUUCCCUUCCCAGUGUGUCCCAACCCUGUCUGAGACCACUGGGCAGCUCUGACGCCCCUUCUUGUUUAGCCAUGGCUCAGGGCCUAGUGUGGCGAUAUGUCACUCUAGUAUCCAGGAACCAAACCUUGCACCUUCCCCAUUGGUGCCCAUGACAGGGUUGGCUCACCAGACAUCCCUCAGCAAGGCUCACGAGCAUACCAGUUACGGUCAGCCUGUAUUAGUGCCAGGGAAUAGAGAUACAGGAGUCCCUGGGGUGUGGCUGAGAACCAACUCUUGGGGGAAAAAAGAUGAAGCGUUCUCCACCCUCCAGAGGCCUGUUCCCCUUUGGGUCUUGCUGUGCUGGACCCUGGGAGCUGCCUUCUGCUCUGUUUUCCCGGCCUCUUUCCUCCCAGCGUGUGCCCCUUGGGUGUCACUGGCAUCCCAAAGUGCUCCCUACUGUUACCCACCUCUCAUGGAAGGACCCUCUUCCCUGCAGAAGAGCAGCAGGGGUGGCAUCUUCAGGCCACCUGGUGCUUCACUUCGCUGUAUUUUUGGCUUUUUCUCACCUCAUAUUUUCUCCAGUAGGUUAAUUUUACAAAACUUGUGGCGUAGCGGUAGCGUGGUUGCCUGCAGCAUUGUGUAUGUAGAUAACUAGUCCAAGAAACAAAACCCAGCAGAGUGGACAGACAGGUCAGGGGCCAAAGAUUCAGACCUAUGUAGGUUUGGGGUAGCAGUGUUUGUCCUCAGAAGGCCCUGGCUUUGGGUGUAGUGACUGGCUCCAGCUUGACUCCCAGGUGGGCUGGGUUCUCAGUGCUGAAUAAAGUGGUUUGCUCCAG